AUGGCAGUUCUGACCAACUCCGUUUUUCUUGAACUUUCUGUGGCUGAGGAAGUAACUACAACUAUGCCUUCGCGAGGACGCACGACCAGCUAUGCCAGUAUCGUGUUUAUGACUUCAAUAGUCUGGCUCGCCAUGCACAUCGUAUUCCUCAUGUUCUAUGUCAUGUUCAAGGACCCCUCAAAGCACAAGUUUGUGGAGCUGCACAUGGGAUCUCUCUCUCAGAAAGGUAUCCGAGAAUACGUCCUGCAGGGAAAGAUGGAAAGAAGGAUGCAGAAGAAAAUGGACGCGUUGAUGGAGGAAGAGGAAAAGUACCACCGAAGAGUCAUGAAUCAGACUAAAGCGUCAAACUUCUCUAGAACUUUCCAAUCAAGCAACGCGUUAGACCUUCAUUCUGAGAACGUGGUGUUGAAGAAAGACAUCCGCAGAAUCUCACGCAGGACCAGAGGUCUCGAGUUCGCACAGAGGACACUGCUGAACGAUCUCACGACAGCGCUAGGAAAACAACCAGAUGGCGAAACACCAACAACCAAAACGUCGUCUAGUAAAAGCCACUACACGUCUACAAGUAAAACCACCAGUACUGUCAACCAAGAAAACACGUCUGGACGUAAGCUUGACGGGUCAACUGUAAAAGACAAAGACCUAGAAAGUCCCCAAGACGCCGACACCGUCCCGAUGCAUGUUGUUCGGAGCCUGGACGUCACCACGAUGCCCAGAGAUCCGGUCGCUCCAGGGGAGAACGGGGAAGGGAUUAUAGACGACGACAUCGAGAAAGUGGAGGAGGCUUUCAAGAUCGCCUCCUUCAACCAACACGUCAGCGAUCAGAUUUCCAUCGAGCGGUCUCUCCCGGAUGUGCGCGCGGAGGGUUGUAACACGAGUCUGGUGGGAGACGAUCUGCCCAGCACGAGUGUGGUCAUCUGUUUCUGUGAGGAGUCCUGGUCCACCCUACUCCGGACUGUCCACAGCGUCCUCAACCGGUCACCGCCACAGCUCAUCAAGGAAAUCAUCCUGGUGGACGAUGCAAGCUCGAGGGAUCACCUGAAAAAGAAACUUGACGACUACAUGAAGAGGUUUCCCAAGGUCAAGAUCAUCCAUCUUCCCGAGAGAGCGGGACUGAUCAGGGCACGGUUACGGGGGGCAGCGCUCGCUACUGGAGACGUCCUGACGUUCCUGGACUCGCACGUGGAGUGCGGUGUGGGCUGGCUGGAGCCGCUCCUGGACAGGAUCAGACUCAACAGGCGGGCCGUCGUCUGUCCCUCUAUAGACGUCAUAGAGAUGAGAACAUUCAGGUAUUCUUCUUCCGGUCACAUGACCCGCGGGGGAUUCGAUUGGCGGAUGCACUUCCGGUGGAACACUGUUCCAGACUACGAGGUGGCCCGACGGAAGACGGAAAAAGCGCCAAUCAGAUCCCCCACCAUGGCGGGAGGACUGUUCUCCAUACAUAAGAUGUUUUUCGAAGAGCUGGGCCAAUACGACCCUGGGCUCGAGAUCUGGGGUGGAGAGAAUCUUGAGCUCUCGUUCAAGACCUGGAUGUGCGGCGGAACGCUGGAGAUCUUACCGUGUUCCCGGGUGGGUCACAUCUUCCGGCAGUCCCAGCCUUACCGGUUCCCCGGCGGCGGACUACAGACCGUCCAGAGGAACAGUUUACGGGUGGUCCAGGUCUGGAUGGACGAAAUACACAGGAAGGCUUUCUAUGCUGUCAACCCAGAGCUGAAAGACAUGAAUAUAUCGUACGGAGACGUGAGCGCGCGGAGGCAGCUGAGGGAGAGGCUGGGGUGUAAGUCCUUCCAGUGGUACCUGGACACCGUCUACAAGGAGAUGCGCGUACCUGACCUCACCUUCCAGGCAUCGGGAGAGUCUUUUCUGUAUAACUGGGAGAACCACCUGCGUCACGAGGAGCUGUGCUUGGUACCCUACUUCCCCCCUCCGGAGGAGAAAAGACCCGCGGAGCUUCACAUUGACUGGUGUGAGGGACAGGACGAGAAGUUGAUCUGGAAACACACCAGGAAAGGACAAAUUAUCCACGUGCAGACGUCCCUUUGUCUUGACGUUCCCAGAGACAAGAGAAGACCGAUCCUUACAGACUGCACAAGAAAGUCCAGGACUCAGAAGUGGAAAUUCUUAAAAUACUUCGACAAAGAUGGAAACGAGAUACUAGAAAACCCCAGAUAA